AUGUAGCUGUGACCAAUGCAUUCAAAGAUUAAAUCAGCAGUAUCAACAUCUCUUGAACUAAGAACUCGUGAAAUUUAAAAAAAAAUGUUCUCAUUAAAGUGUGUCCUUCUUUUGGCAUCGUGUGUGAUACUCGUCGCAUCAUCACCUGUGCAAUUCGAAGAAGAUGUUGGACAUAUAAAUUCGUUUCCAGAAGGAUAUGAAGUGGUGCAUUUGUCGCGACAUGCACGUUCCCCUCAACAUGGAAGUGUAGACAUCGGCUACAGCAGAGAUCAACGCGGACGUGAAGCCUCUGUUCAAUAUAACCAUAACUUGUACACCAGUCGCGAUGGUCGUGGUUCCAUCGAUGCCUAUGCCCAGGGUAGCCGCAAUUUUGAUCACAAUCGAAAUAACUUCGGCGGUGGUAUUCAAGGAAAGUGGAGAUUUUAAAUAAAUUUAUUGAAAAUUCUUAUUAAGCUAAGACAAAAUAAGCAGAUUUGGAAAAAACAAAAUAUUUUUGAGAAUAUAAAUAAAUAUGUAAAUUUCUAUACGAAUCAAAUCUCAAUGUAAUUUGGAAUAAAAUCUCUAUGAAUAGAGAUGGGUUUCCACCCGAUAAAUACCGAAUAAA